CGCACUUCUCUACUUCCUCAAGUGCAGUUGUAGCCUAAGUGUGUAUGUUGUAGCGUGCUUGUUCACAGAUAUGGGAGCUAAGUCUAGCCGCGCACAGACAAAUACAAUUUUUGAGAAAAAUAAAGUAAGAUUGCACCAUCACAGAAGGGCAGGAAGAUGCAGACCUCAUAGUUUCGACAAUCUGGCCAUUUGUGACAGCGUUUUAGAAGGAGUAAAUGAACCGAGUCGGUCUGGGGAGAGCAUCGCAGACGUACGAACAGAGCGUGACAGUGGAUCGAAUCAGCCGAGCACGUUUACAUCAGAUGUACAGCAGCAUCGGCUUGGAGACAACAAUAACCUCCUUUCUGUAACUAAUGGAGCAAGCGGCACUGAUACAGUGGGACUGUCCGAUGGACUGCAGUUUUCAGAUGGAAUUGUGCCCUUACGGAUUCAAAGAGGUUCAACUCGAAAUAGGGGAUCCCAGAACCGCCCUGUUUCGGAGCCGGUGGUGGGGGUGUUGAGGAUUACUAACAGGCAUUUAAACUGCGGCAGCCGCAUUGAGGAGCACUGGGUCAGCUGCCUCACAAGGCCCAGACAUCUCUACAACACUAACUUUCUCGACAGAGACUCAGGGGAGUGUUCCAUUUGUCUAGAGGAUCUUGUGAAGGGAAAUGAGAUCGCCCGACUCCCCUGCCUGUGCGUUUACCAUAAAAGGUGCAUAGAUGACUGGUAUAAAGUGAAACCAUUAUGUCCAGAACAUCCAUUUGACUGAAUGCUUGCCACAGACAAACUUCAGGGAUUUCAACAGGAAGAUGCCUGUUGGUCUGAAUCAUGGAGUCGUGUCACUAAGUAGACUGGAUCUUCUGGUUGUGCAGACUUCUCAUUGUGAUGUGAUGUUUGAUGGUAUUAGCCUGGAAAAGCAACUUUUUUUUUUUUAUAUAUGGAAUGUGCUGUCUGUUGAUGCACAUGAAAAGAAAUGGACAGAAAAGUUGAGAAGUUCGCUAAGGAUGUCAUUCUUCCAGGCUUGAAAAAUUGUAUAUGCAUAUUUAUGGCCUCAUGUGCUUUAAGUCUACACCAUUGCUUGUGUAUUUAUUUCUUUGUAUAACUUUAGAUUUUAAAUCAGUUCUUUUUCUAUUUAUUUGUAUUUUUUAAUUGCCAAAGCUCAUUGAUCUACUUCCUUAGAAGUAAAAAAAAAAAAGAUGACCACCACCACCACCUCUUCUUUUUACCACUGUAGCUGAUGUUGAAGGGCUAAGCGUACAUUAAAGCACUUUAUCAUUCAGUGCUCUAUGAAACUACGUCUGAUUUCUGCUUACAUACAUUAAGUUUGGUGUAUGCACCUUAAAAAAGAAGGAAGCUGCAAGCAUCCCAUUGUAUUAGAAUCCAAAAAAGUUACUUGUGGCUUCCACCAAUGAUUGGUAUCCCUUUUUUUUUUUAUGAGUGAAUCUGGUUGAUUGACUUUGUAUUAUGAAAUGGAAAGUGGUCAGUGGCCACCUGAGUUUUUGAAGUUAGGUGGCCACCUACCCUGUCAUGGAGCUGUCAUCAUCUUGCCACUAUGCUUGGCUCUUAUUCAGCACAGCAGUUCCAAGUACUGUAUGCUUUCUGUUAAGAGGGGAUCACCAAAGUUUUUCUUUAUUUGCAGUUAUUAUUAUGUACUUUACAUUAUAAGUCAUUAUCACUAUGGUUAGAUGUAGAACUAAUAGAUGUAAGCUGCAUUUUCAGUACAAAUAUGGUUUGGACAAUAUAUUCAGGGUGUGUAAUAAACUGUCAAUUUUGUGCGAGUGUCAUUACUGUAACAAUAAACCCUGGUCUGAUGGCCCUGGUCAUCUUAGGAAGCAGUGUUUCCAAAAAAGGUGCAUGUGUGGGUGUGUUUAUUAAUACUGUAUAUUUAAACAUCAUGUUCAUUUAUUAUUAGUCAAAGGUCAAAACGUGAAUCUCAGUAGCUAGUAAGUUAUACUUUGAGGUUUAUUUUUAAAAGUGCUUGCUGCUCAUGAGAUGACCUAAACAGAAAAAUGUAUUUUUUGGGGGGGAUGAGAAUUCAGGGUAGUUUUUUUAACUUUUUUUUUUCUUUGCUGCUUUGAUUUUUAAGACAGUAAAUCAGCUUUUUGAUUUUUAUUUUAAAGUGCCUAAAUGAAUGCCAGAUAUGCCAAUUAUGCCCAUUGCAGCCUUAAAUUCCAAAUAUGUAAGGUCAAAAGUUACUUUUUUUUUUGGCCUUGUCUGUGUGGCUAUUUGGUGAAAAUGUGAAAAGAAAGGACUCCAGCUGUAAAGCAAGGGCAGUCAAUAGGAAAUACAGUAAUCAGCUGAUCGAUGGCAAAAACCAGCAUAGAUAUGUUUUUCUUCCAGUUAUGAAUUAGCAAAUCUUAAUAAUGGUUAAAAAAAAAAAAAAAACUAGAUUUUUUUUUUUAUUUUAGCCUUUGUUAAAAAUGUAAUUUGCAAAUUGGCUGUUUUUAAGUGAAAAUGCCAAACUGUUUGCCGCUCCUCCCUCAGACCUUUUACUUUUCCUGUUUCUUUUGUUCAAUGUACAUUGCCGUGUUUUUCUUGGUUCAUUAAACAAAUGCACAGCUGCUGUUGCCACUGUUGUUCAUCUCAUUUGAAUAAUUUUUUAAAAAUCAAAGUAUAUUUCUCUCUCUCUCUCUCUCUCUCGUUCAGUUUGACACCAAACAGGAAAUGGUGGCUGAACCCAAAAUUUGAAUAUUCAAAGAUAACACUUUGGAGGAGUACAGUAUUACAUUUAUGCAUCAUGUAUAAAAAUAUGAACUUUAUAUACAAUAUGUUAAACUUUUUAAACUUUACAUGCCUAAUGGUGGGAUUUUAUUUUUUUUUUUAAACUCUGUGCAUUUUUUAAACCAUGGCUGUUACAAUUUUAAGAUGUUCACUUUUUUCAAUCCAGUAAAUGAGGAAAUAUUGUGCUGAUAUGUUUAUGGAUAUUAAUAUGCAAUAAAACAUUUUUACUUUAA